AUGUCUGAGAGGCGCGGAAGAGGUAGGCCGCCGCUUGUGAAGUAUACCGGUCAUCGGGAGGACACGACCGACGACGAAGUCACCGUGCUGGAACCACCUCUUUCUGAAACGGACUUGUGUCGUCUCCAGCUUCGUGGCCGAUGGGAGCUGGCGUCGGUUCUCAAUUUUCUACAUGUAUGAUGUGUUUCAUAAUUUAUUUUCUGGCGUAUCCUUAUACAUCCGUGUUCUUUCUAUAUCUGAUUUUACCCCGUUGAACUUCUUCAGGUAUUUCAGCCUAUCAUUCUCAGUGAACUGAAGAUCUCGGCCGAAGAGAUGGAAAUAGCACUUAUGACGGCAGGCAAUGUCUUGGCGCAUAUACACAUUACUUUGCUGAAGGUUUGUCUUUUAUGUUGACUUUAUCUUGUGUUUUCCCGGAAGGUAUUCUUUGCUCAAAGUUAUCUUUUUUCUGGCACUGAUUAUAUUUUAAUUGUCGAGUGUACAAACGAAAUAUAUCUUUCAAUUCCCCAUUAAAACUUCUGUUUUCGAAUGUCAGUUUAUUUUCUCACUAUAUGGGAUACCGAAGAGUAUGUUUUCUGUCUGUACUCAUCGUGCUUUAAACUGCUGGAUUCGCCGCUUAGCAUCAUACUACUUCACGAAUAUAGACAGCAAAAGGCAUUUCAACUAGUAGACAGUUCCACACAUCAAUCAAUUUUGUUUUCUACAGGUUCUCAUUUCUGACCAUGGUGGAUGGAAAACUGGCAUCCCUAACCAGAUUCUUGAAAAAUGACGGUUCUCUAAUGGUUUUCAAUCAUAAAUAUUGUGGUAGAAUUACGUCUAUGUGUUUUCUUGGUCGGGUAUGUUGCGAUUGCCGUCUGCUCUGCUUCACGGUCAAUUCUUUCUGGUCUAGAUACUUCUAUCAAAUCAGUUACCGCAUGUAUCUGGCCAUUCUUUUCUUGUUUAUUCUUGUCGCUUAAAGUUUUCCAUUGCCUUGCUGACAUACGCGCAUCUUUUUUGUUUCACGCUUCCUUGGGGGUUUAGUUUUGUGUUCAGUUUUAGCUGGUCGAGUUCGUUCUCCUUCCAGUCCUACGUAUUUGGCCUUUUAUUCACCAUGCAUCUGUCGGGGCACUUAUGAAUGACAUAUUUUUCUUUUGAUAUCACGAGAUUCUACGUGAAGAUGGAAAGUCUCCUUCCAAAAAUCAUAUGACAUACGCUAAUGUGAGAUAUCUCUUAUGCUUAUCUAUUGCGUUGUUAAAUACAAUACAGGGUAUACCUCCUGUAAGCAAGAAUCUGGAGGAAUCUGAUGCAUGGGUGACAGUACUCUGUAAAAAGCUUAAGAUGUGGUGGCCUUGGGUAUGGUUUUUAUGCUUUCGUUUUAUUCACGGAUAUUGAGUGUUCUCUCAUGAUGUCUAUUUUUAGCGCAGGUUGCCGAAGGUGAGGUUCCUUUAGUGGCCAAUAAUGGGUACGUGGAAGUAAUCUUCAUUGAAACAUGUUCACUAGCCCUUAAUCAUCUUAAGAGAGGCUCAGAACAUAAUGGUGUUUUGUGUCUCUGCUUAAACAGGGUGGAAAUUUUGACGUAUAAGGGGCUUGAUCCAAUGACAAGGUUGCUGAUCCUAAAAGCUCUCUGCGAAAUCCGCAUGCAGGUAAUUCAGCCUGCCUGAUUUAUUCGAAUGAAAUCGCGUUCUCCAUUUGAAAAUCAAUCCGAGCUUGUAUUUUUCUCUUUCGGUAUAUGAUUUGGGAAUGUGUUUAUCUGUUGAUCGCUUGAUGUAUGUUCCCCUACUGAAAUUUGAGUACCAUUACAUUCACUUUCUUCAUAAUUCAAGAUUUACUUUCCUUCAAGGUAUAUUUUGUCACCUGAAAGCCAUGUGCUUUUUCUGUAGCAAGAUGAUAUUUUGAGUUAUGUUGACGAGGGGGUGAAGCGUGGUGGCCAGCUUUCUAAGUUUCGCAAAGAUAGUAUAUAUCAGGAUGGAAACGGGACUACGUACUGGUAAUUCCUUGAGAUGAAAUUCAGCUCGAAAUUUUGCUCCUCUACAACUGUUUUAAAAGUAUAAAUAGCGAGUUAGGAUCCAUUCAGUUUCCUCCAAACUUCAUUUAUUCUAUCUCUGUUGUUAAUUGGUUGUUCAUUGGCUCUUCAAAGAAUUUAGUGCUUUCUAUUGAUCGAAUGAUUCUCCAAAGUUCGCAUCUCACAUUGUUGUUUCUUGAUUUUAUUUUAUUUUUGUUGAAGGUACGAUGGGGAUUCAGUUAUUGGCCAUAGGUUAUAUAAAAAUGUACCUAAAGUUGAGUAUAAGCCCAAGCCAAAAGGCAGGGGACGUUUAACACAACCGAGAGUGACUUUUCAAUGGGAAACCCUCGCAACCAAUCUCAAAGAAUUUCAGCAAAUCGCAGUAAGGCUGAAAGUAUUAUUACAUAUCUCACGCAGGCUUGUGCAGUUAUGUGAUCGUGAAUUUGAUAUUGCAAUGUCAGGAUAAGCUAUUGUGUAGCAAAAUUUCUUCAGAACAUGCCAUAGGGAGCAUUGUUAAGGAUGAGAUCAUGCCUGUUGUUGAAGAACUGGAGAAGGUGCAUAUUUAUCUCCAACAUUUUGUUAUAUUUACGGCUUUAAGAUAUCUUCAAAAGUCUAUAGAGUUGAUUACAUUAUCAUUUAUUCAGGGCCUAAUCUCCUUCAGGCAAUCGGACCCUAUUUAUUCAUUCAUAUUUAUCUGGCGUGUGCGUCCUUGGUAUCAUAGUUCAAUGAUGAUUUUUCUAUAAAGUUACAUGAAAAAUAUGAAUAUAAACAAGCGAGACCAAAAAAAUUCCCGGUCCCAAAAUUGGCGAAAUAUGGCUUUUAAAGGCUUUUGAGUCCAAACACGACUGGGAUGCUGAGGUCAUCUAAUCCUACUGAAUCGAUUUGCUUCACUGUGACAGAAGAAGGAAAGAUUACUGAAACGGAGACAAAGGCAGGCCACGCUCUUUGAGGGGCUCAGAAAUUGUAACUUCAUCCAGAGCAGGCGUUCCUGCCGUGAACGCAGACCUGUCAGCUACACAUUUGGUACGGCUGUUCAGAUAUGACAUCUAAUACGAUGCCCAUGCAAUCUGAUAAAUUAGGUCUAUUCUCUCACGCAAGGUUUCCUUUAUUUAAGCUGCUUCAACCCUGGUUCCUUAUCUGCAGAUGAAUACUAUGAAUCCAUCGAUGAGGCGAUACAAGAUGAGAAGUAAGUUUCUCUCUCACCUUCUUAGAAUAAGGAAGAAAAUUAACAAGUUAUUUCGAAAGAAUAAAAUUCAGAUGAAGUUAUUUCGGAGAACUCAUAAUUUCUGAGCGGAGAGGAUCAGUUGUCAUCUUCAUGGAUGAACUCUCAUCCGCUUGAAUUGCUUUACAGGAAGAGGAAGAUGAGUAUCUCAAAGAAGGAUGACGACGAGGGAGACUCCACAGCGGAGGCCACCGAUCAAGAUCACUCAGAGAACAGCGUCCAGACAAGUGCGGAGCGACCCAAAGAUGGUCACAGGAAGCACGAAGGCUGGGAUGAGGCCUGCGGAGGAAGGGGGGAUAUGGGUUGGCUGGAGAUGAGAAAGAGGUUGAGGGAAAGGCCAACGGCAAACACCGGCUACAACCCAAAUGUGAGGGCAGUCCCCGACGGAGAUGGGGGCCGGCGGAGGGCAGACUAA